AAAUAACUCUCGUGUAUUUCAAUCAUUUCAACUCACUCUUGGGCUAAGCAUUCAUUGGAGGAGAAUGGAAUUUUCCCUUCUCUAUUUGAAUCAAACUAUUAUUUCUGUGAUCGUCGUUAUUGGUUCAUUUGACAAAAUUUAUGCAUACAUUCUCCGUCCUUCUAUACAAGCAGAAAACUAUUUUUAUGGAAUUAUCUUUAGUCACACAAACCGUCGUAGUACUACAAUGAAUCCUUACUAUGUUUGUUUCUUUAUGCCUUCUAAACAUCCCCUUCUUUUAAAUUGUAUAAGGUUUAUUUAUUAUGUUGAGCAGCACUUUAUUUCCACUUUUAAUGAUAGAAUUCUGUUUUUAUCUCUCAUCAUCAUACACUACUAACUCUGUAAGAGAAACUGUCAUAUAAAAUAUUGAAAAUAUAUUAUUCCAUUUAUUGUUAUACUUGAGCUUCUAGUAAAUAAUUAGAAAUGAAUCCAAAUUACUCGAAAAUAAAACUAAAUGAGACCUGUUUUCCAAUGCCAAUUAAGUCUAAUUUGAAAUAUGAUGAAGGUGAUAUUGAGAAUCAAAAUUAUCUUACCCAAACAAAAAUUAUUCAUUUUUUCAAUACUUACAAAUAUUUCUUGCAUAGUUAUGCUCAUCACUUUAUGCAUAAAGUUAAUAAUGAUACAUUUAGCCUAAUUACUAGUAACAGUAAUGAAAUAUGUAGUUUAGCAAAAUCCAGUUCAUCUUGGGAUGGUCGAAAUACACUGAAUAAUAAAUCAACAAUAAGUACCUUUGAACCAUCCUUAAUUGAUGCUAUGAAAGAACCACAAUUAGGAAGACAUUUAUCAGCAUUCAGUUCAGUGAAUACCUAUUUAAGGCAUCCUCAUUUGCACCAGUUGCGUCUGUCAGCCAGACAUCCAAAACUUAAAUCUAGUAAUCCUACAAGGGUCUUUCCACCAUCCUCCUCCUCAUCAUCAUCAUAUGCUACUUUGUUCUAUGAAAACUAUCCUAAAACAAAGCUUGAUUCGAUAAUUAAUCCAAAUUUAAAACUGUUACCUUCAAUAAACAGUGAUAAAAUGUUUAAUGAGACAUUACCUACAUCAUCAACAGUGUCAGUCAAUCUGCCAUCAUCUUUAAAACCUUCAUCAUCCAAACUACCAGCAUUGUUAUCAUCAUCACCGUCAUCAUUAUCAUCGGAUUCUGUGAAUACAUCGAAAAAUUUAACUGUACAAGUUUUAAAACGUUUAGCUAAAUUACCAAAUCAUCUAGGACCACAUAUAUGUCAAUUAUGUUAUCAAUAUUUUGAAAAUGCUUUGAAAUUAGCUAAUCAUCGGUGUCCAUUGAUACUUCAUACCGAUUACCGUUGUCCUGAAUGUGAUAAGGUAUUUAGUUGCCCGGCUAAUCUAGCAAGUCAUAGACGUUGGCAUAAACCAAAAUUAAAUGUAAUUUCUGAUCAAAUAGACCCAACAAAUCAUACUACAUGUUCAACCAGUCACAACUACAAUAAUUUCACAUCUGAAAAAUACUCUAAUUGUAAUGACAAAAAGGUGCUUAAUUAUUCAUCAAAAUACUCAGGCGUAAAAAUAACGCCAAAUUAUUUACCUAAGAGUGAUAUGAAUUCAGUUCCACCACCUCUUGAAGACCAACAGUUAAUGGAGAAUAAAGCUGAUGGACAAGUAUGUGACCAAUUUCGUCACUAUCAAAUUAAUCACUGUGUGAUAAACUCUAAUUUCAAUCAGAAACUAAAUUUUUCAGUUCAAACAUUACUUGGAGACCCCUUCUGUUGUAGUGAUGAGUACCUUAUAAGAAGUAAUUUAAAAGUUGACUGUAAUGAAAAAGCUGUUUGCAAUGAAUCGUCAAUUAGUCAUCAAGAAGAAACAAGUUUAAAAACUAAUGAAAAAUCCUGUUCAACCAUUUGUACUACUGCUAAUGACUGCAAUAUUAAAAGUAAUGCGUAUCCGUCUGUUGAUUUUACUCAAAGUACCAUGUGUAAUGUUAACUACCUUCCCGCUGAAAAACAAACUUCAAUCAAAUGCAAUUCUUGCCAUUCAAUUUUACCAAGUCAAAGUCUAUUCGAAACUCAUAUGCUGCAACAUAUUUUUAAUAAUCUCAAAUCAGUAGACCUUUUAUCGAAUUCUAACUCUUCUGAAUGA